UAUAAAUAGGAGACAAAUUUGAAAUGAAGGUAUCAGUCAAUAGAUUACAUUCCAGUGAGUCAAAUAAAACAAUUCGGUUUGGAAGUGAUAAACACAAAGGGAAUUUUCGAAAAUGAUUACGGAAAACAUUUUGCUGCUGUUAUGUUCGGCUGUGUUAAUUCGUGCAGAACCGCCAGCAAAUCAAUACCUACCACCAAAUGCUGCAAGUGGUGGUUUUUCAAACAACUACGAUCAACAAAACAGACCAGCGACAAGCUACAUACCACCAUCGGCGGGAAAUCCAUUAAAUAACAAUGGUCAAUCAAGUGACCCUUACUCUACAAGCGGUAGUGGAGGACAAAAUCCGAGUCAAUCGUACGGUCCACCAAAUCAAGCAUUUGCACCAAACAAUGGUGGCCAGAAUUUCCGCAAUACACCAAGCGAUUCAUACGGACCACCGAACUCUAACUCAGCAAAUGCGAAUCAAAACCAACAAAGUAAGAAUCGCGGCGAUAACUCGUUCGGCAGAAACGGAGGAACCCAAGGAUCGAUCUCAGAUUCAUAUGGUUCUCCUAACGCAAACGCUUCUCCCAACACUUCGUAUGGUCCUCCUUCAAUCGCUUCGGGAUCACCUCUUGGAAGUUCGAAUCAGCCACAGUCAUCUUAUGGACCACCGUCGAAUCAACGAGGACAGUUCGGCUCUCAAAAUACACCACAAACAUCUUACAACACACCCGACAGUUUCGGUAAAGCACCUAGUAGGGAUAAUGUCGGGGGUUCAGGUCCAUCAGCAGACUCAUAUGCCCCAUCUGGCCAGCGUGGCAAUGUUCCAAAAGACAGCUACGGACCUCCAUUAUCUCAAAACAAUCAACGUGGAGGAAAUACAGGUCAAACUGCACCUGGCUAUGCUCCUGCUUCUACUGCAAAUACUCAAAAUCCACAACAAGGAUAUCCGUCGGGUUCGGGUAAUUCACAACAAGGAUAUCCGUCAGGUCCGGGUAAUUCACAACAGGGAUAUCCGUCUGGUUCGGGCGAUUCACAACAAGGAUAUCCGUCAGGUAAUCCUCAGCAAGGAUAUCCGUCAGCUAAUCCACAACAAGGAUAUCCAACUGACAAUUCACAACAAGGAUAUCCGUCCAGUAGUUCACAACAAGGAUAUCCAUCAGGUCCAUCGGGCUCACAGAAUUCACAAGGCUCCAGACUUGGUGGUGGCUCUGCCAAUCGAAACAAUGAAGGAAGUAACGAACCAGCCAAAUAUGAGUUUAAUUAUGAAGUUAAGGAUGAACCGAGCGGUUUAAUGUUUGGCCAUUCAGAAAAACGUGACGGUGAUUUAACAACUGGUGAAUAUAACGUUUUAUUACCCGACGGAAGGAAACAAAUUGUUCAGUACGAAGCCGAUUCAAAUGGAUAUCGUCCACAGAUCAGAUACGAAGGUGAAGCGAACUCUAGACAAAGUGGUCAACAAGGCGGUUCGAAUGGAUACGCCAGUAAUACCCCAGGAGGAUUUAGUGGUCAAGGUUAUCCAAGUGGUCCAUCAUCAUCAUCAGGUCAAGGAGGUUUUCCAAAUGCUGCUGGUAGUCCAUCAAAUUUUGGUGGUCCAUCAUCAUCAGGCCAAGGCGGUUUUCCAAAUGCUGGUGGUAGUCCUUCAAAUUUUGGUGGAAACUCGGCGGCCGGAAAUGAUUUUUCAUCGAAAGGGCAAGCAGGCUACCCACGCGACAAUCCCACAACAGGCUUUGCCGACGGUUCAUCGCCAAAUUAUCCAAGCGGUCCAACUCAAGCUGGUGGCUAUGCCAAUGGUAAUCCAACAAGUUUUGCUGGCAAUACUCCUGCAGGAAACGAUUUUUCAUCGUCUCAAAAUCAAGCAGGAUAUCCAAGUGAUAAGCCUACAUCGAACAACCAAUUGAGUUUACCGAACAACAGAGAUCAAGGCCAAUCGUCACAGGGCAACUAUCCGGGCAGUGGAUUCGGAAAUAAUGCAGGACAAGCUGAUUAUCCGAGUGGGCAAAAUCAAAAUGGAGAAGGAUAUCCUCGAGGUGGACCAUCUACACAGAAUCAGAACGGUUAUGCACCCGGACAAGCAGGUGGACAAGUAGGUGGAGACGCGAACAACUUCGGACGAUUUGCACCGAAUGCCGAUCGUACUGGAAGUGCCCAGACACCGUUUGCUGACAAUUCUCGCUUAAACCAAUCGCCAUCAGCUUCUCAAAAUGCACAAACACCGAAAGAAAGUGCUAUUGGUGGUGCCGCUGGAUAUCCGAAAGACAAUCCAUCAGUACGGGGAUCAGGCUACUAAUACAACGAUAUGACUAUGUAAAUUUGACGACGACUUUACACGACAUAUUAUUUUACACAAUGCUGUUGUUUAUUUGAAUAAAUCUAAAUAUUUAUGCUAAAAAAA